AUGACCGUAAUAUUGGAUGUUUGGGCAAAUAACCGAUGGAAGGAAAACGCUUUCAUCCUGAAUUUUAAAAACAAAGCGUGCACGAAUUUUAAAAAUAAUAGCCCUAGCUUUUUCGAACACUUGUUUAAGAAGAUUAAAGGCCCUUGCAUAAUCCGACCUGGAGUUUACGAGCUCAAAGACGCCCCAGUCAAAUGGGAGUAUCCCAAUAUACCAAUCAUGCCUUAUGGACGAUAUAAGUUCAAAGUGACGGGAGGGAAGACUGCUGAGCCACUUCUAUGCUUGGUAGUGGACGUUAGGACAAUUCCUAAAGUCGAUUAACACACUAAAACGUGUAUUGUUCGUUUAUUGCCGUACACACUGCAUAAUAUCUGGCAGCUUUUGAGCGAGUUCCAAAUAAAUAGUUUAAACAAAACAGCGCAUAACAA